AUGGGGUAUGCUCUCUUUGUUAUUGGGCCAGCGGGCUCUGGGAAGACGACUUUAACGCAUAUGCUGAAGGAGCACUAUACCUCGCAGAAGAGAAGCGUUACUUUGGUUAAUUUAGAUCCUGCACAGGCACUUACUGACUUGGAAUUUGUGUUUGACAUUCGGGACCACAUUGAAAUAUCUGAAAUAAUGGAGGCAGCUGAUUUUGGGCCAAAUGGCGGGCUUAUGGCAGGGCUGGAGGCUAUUUCAGAUAAUUUGGAUAUAAUGGAACUCCCGGAGGAUGAUGAAGUGUUCUUGAUUUUUGACUGUCCUGGGCAGAUUGAGCUGUAUUUGCACUCUGACUCUAUUUCGAAAAUUAUUACAGAGAUGCAGAAGAAUCACUUCCCUUUGGUGCUUUAUGCAUUGGAUGCGAUGCAUCUUCUGGAUAACUCCAGGUUCCUGGCUGCUGCAAUUUCUGCAACAAUUGCGAUGUCUAAAUUUGAAGUACCGCAUCUGAACAUAUUUACAAAGUGCGACUUAGUGGAUAAGGCACAGCUGGAUGAAUUACUUGAGUCUUUGGAUACUGAGACCCUGUGCGAUAACCUUCCUGCUCGAACGGCAGAUGAAAAGAAAUUCAACCAGGCACUUACAACAAUCAUAAAGGAUGAAGGACUUUUAGGGUUUAUUCCUUUGAAUUAUAAGGAGAAGGAGUCAAUCGAUGAAUUAGCGUAUCAUAUUGACACUUCCCUUCAAUACUUCGACAAUCACAUGCCGGAUGAAUAG